UGCCGAGUCAAUUCGAGUUUGAAAUAUCGUUUGAUUGAAACAGACAGAGAGAAGAGACAUUUCGUGAAUUCGUAGUAAAGAAACUCGGAAACGACGGAAUCGUUGUUAACCCCGUCCCUAGAUAAAGAAGGGACAGGCAUCGUCUCGUAUUCGUUCCGAUCUACGUUUAGUGUCGCUGUGUCCUACAACGGUUCUCUCACGCCACCCUCUUUGCCACCGUAUUCGCGAACUACUCGGUCUCCUGUCGCUCUCCAUUUGCCCCUCUUUUGCUAACCUAUCUCUCCCUUUCUCUUUUCUCUAUCUCUUUCUUUCUAUCUUUCUCUCUCUCUCUCUCUCUAUCUCUCUCGGUCUUUAAACGCAACAUCGAAUACGAAAGAAACGGAGAAAUUAAAGCGUUCGCACGAAGAAGUAGCCUGUUAAGAUAACAGACUGUUUUCGAUCGCUUCUCUGACGGAUAUUAUUCACGUUGUUUUCUACGUGGAAAGAAUACCGUUCCUGGAUUGUACAUAUAACGAAAGAUCGAACAAUUAAAACUGGAUAAUCGUGUCACGUAACGAGUUAGCUAGCCCGAAUUUGGAUCAAUGAUCUAAUGUUGUACGGAGAAGCUCGGAUCCUGCGCAUUCGGCGAUAGGACAUAGCCCUACUGCUUUUCAGGAAAAGGGUCGUGCAAAUCCUGCGCAAUACUUAACGCCAACACUGUCCGCAUGAAAUUGCGGUGUGACGACGCGGUGACCUUUUCAUAAAAUCUCUUCGAAAUUUUGUUGCCUCGCAAUGAGUACCACGGAUCCUACUGGAGAGGGCGGAGGGGGAGGGGCAACGACUACGAUAUCACCAAACAUUGAACAAAAUGUAUCUCCGAUUAUACCGGUGACCGGUAGUGCGGUGCAACCUGGCUCUCAACAACAGCAUCCACCACCGUCACCACUAAGUGGUUGUUACCUUCUCGUUGUGCUUCCAGAGCCUCAUACCACGCAGCAUAAAGAUCUCAUCUUAAAUCGUCUUGCAAAAGGUUUCUUGUCGUGGGACAAAGAUAGCUGUCACGUAGAUUUAGAAAAAGAAUUACUGGCGUUGGUGGCGCAAGCUCCGGAAGGGGAAGAAGCAAGAAAUGGCGAACGACUGAUCCAAUACGCUACCGAGAACCUCGUUACCGAAGUUCUGAUUCACCCGCAAACGAAUACACUGUUACAAUGUAUCCGUAACCUUCUCGCAAGCUUUACAAAACACCGACACAUUAUACAUGGUGGCUAUACCUUCAGUGGAAAUGGUUCCUGGAUACUGCAAGAUGGGACCUUUAGCCUUGCCGAUUUCCUGGAUGCGUUCAGUGAACACGAAGUGCAAAGAGUUCUUCGUGCGUAUGAAAACAGUGUCACGGUAGACAUUCAUUGCGCGAGUGUCGGCGAUUGGACAACAAAUAGACUUUCCAAAGAAGCUUGUACCAGACCUUGCCGAGUAAGAGUAAAUCCCGAUGACGUUCUCACCGCUGGAUUACCAGCCAUCGCGAGUUUCACGAAUUACAUUGGACAAUAUCUGGUUGCCCAGACACUGGACCAACUUAUGGAACCAUCCGAUGUCGUAGGCAACAUAAGAUUUAGUCACCCAACAUUGUAUGUCUUCCCUGGCGGUCAAGGUGAUGCCGCGCUCUUCGGCAUAAAUGGUUUUAACAUGUUGGUGGACGGUGGUUUCGCCAGAAAGGCCUGUUUUUGGGACUUUACCAGACACUUGGACCGCCUCGAUGCGGUCUUAGUUACUAGAAUAAAUAAUAGUAAUGUUGGAGGCAUGUCCAGUGUGCUCCGCAAGAAGAAAGAAAUGCACGUCUAUCCUCAAAUCGGACAUUUCUUCUGCAACCUAAUCGAGAGAAGACAAUCCAAUUCACCGGACGGGGACAAAGAUAUCGAUCCUCUGAUACUAAAUCUCACCGAUAUUGGCCAAGAGAUGGUUGUCAAUCUGCGUCACAUCAGCCUGCGAGCGCAUCCGUGCUACAGAGACCCAGACCCGAUCAAUCUCUAUCAUAAAGUAGGUCACGGCACGUUGGACAUGUACGUGUUAAGCCCCAGCAAGGAUAGUCGCGAAGUUAAAGAAUUUCUGGCCAGAUGGCACGCCGCCGAUUCGAAACUUUUCGCCGGUGGUCACAAGAAAGACUCGAACAAUUUAACCUUCCCGAUCCAGAAUUUGGUCUCGAUAUGCGCGUUAUUAGUCUGGCAACCCGCAAACCCCGAAGACACCAUCACGAGAAUACUGUUCCCUGGAAGUACGCCUCAACAGAAGAUCUUCGAAGGUUUCGAACGAUUGAAACACCUGGAGUUCUUAAAGCAUCCUGUUUGCUCUGCAAAGAGCCUUUCGCCGUCUGCGUCCUUAGCUACCUUGCGAGACAAACCCACGAAACAGAAAUUGGGCCUGAUUAGUGAAAAAGAAGCUUCGAAGAAGUUAGAGGCGAAGAAAGAGAAGAAAGAAUCGCCUGAAAUAAAAAUGAAAGCUACGGACGAAUUACCUGCGAAGACGCAAGCGACAUCAAUUAUUCCUACGAAACCUGUUAAAGCUGAAACGAAGCCUAAGAAAAUAAUGGAGAACAAGAAGAUAGAGGUGGAGAAGGAGAGUAAAAAGAUAGAAAAGGAAGCGAAGGAAGCGAAGAAGGAGAUUGUAAAGAAGGAUGUUGGCAAGGAGAAGCCAGAAAAGAUAGAAGAGAAAUUAGAGAAACGCGAAGAGGACGUGCAGAAGAAGAUCGAGCCUCCGAAAGAAACAGAAAAGAUAACUCCACCGACGAAGGAAUCAAAACCGAAAGAGGUAGCCAAAAAGAAAGAGUCGAAAGAACCAAAGGGCGUCAAACCUGGAAAAAUCGAAACAAAGGCAAAGGUAACUGAUAAAAAAGUGAAACAGUCUCCCGUAGAAAAGAAGGACGCUGGAAUGAUAGUAAAAUCUUCUCCAACGACCCCAAAGAAAACUAUAAACGGAGUUGCCACAAAGACAGAGAUAUCGAAAGUGACUAAAGCAAAAACCCAGAAGACAGCAGCUGCACCACCAGCGAAAAGCACCAAGGAUGCAAAUAAUAGAAAAGUACUUGAACAGAAGAACAUCGAAUCGGCUAUAACCACUGGCAUGGUCAAAGUACCAGCCAAACCAAAACCGAUGGACAGAAAACCGCUCAGUCGUCGACCAAAACCAGUUAGUCCGAGUAAAGUUCGAGUAUCUGGUAGUCCAGCGAAGUCGACUCGUAGCACUCCGACAACCUCUGUUAAGUCCGACAAAGAUGGUGUCGUUCGCAAAGCGAAGAGCGACAAAGGUACUGCCGAUUCUUCGACCGUAUCCACGCCAUCUGGAAUCGAAGCUGAAACAGGAGUUAGACUCGCAGAGAAGAGUCUAAUGGAACAAUCGGAAGAUAUUUCUUUGGAUUCCAUCGAAAGCAAAGUGCUGGCUGAUCUGAAGGAAGAAAGAGAAGUAGUCGAAGAGAUCGAAGCAGUGCUUAAGAAAGCAGAUCUUAUCGAAGAAACACGAAAAGAUGAUCGUUCCGAAGGAGAUGACGAAAUCACGGCAGAACUUACUGAUAAGAAAGAAGAAGAUAUCACAGACGAUGACAUAAUCGAAGGUGACAUGGAAGAUGCACUUAAGAGAGAACUCAUCGAUGAGUAUUUGAUCGUUGAAAAAGAGGAAGAUUAUAUAGAAGACUCUACUCAGAGCGGCGAAGGCGAGCAAAAGCAUAUUUUGGACGAGGCUGAAUCCGAGAAGGUGAAGAUGCUAAAGGAUAUAGAGCAGGUGAAGGAAAAAGGUGCCGAGGAAGAAGUGGAGGAGAAAGAGAAGGACGAGAGCGUAGAGAAGCGUGAAAAACCAUUGGAAGAGAAGGAGAAGAUAUUGAAAGCUGAAGAAGAGAAACCUGAGCCAAUUGAUUUGUCACCGGAUCGUAGGGAGCGAUUGGAAGAGGAGGCUAAAGAAAUAAUUGCUCCCGCAGCAGAAACGAUCCAACAAAAACCAGAAGAGAAAGAUGAUUCCGGUAAGAAGGAUAGCGAGGACAUUACCAAAGAACCUUCGAGUUUGAGCCCUGAUAAAUUGGACUCUUCCGAGAAGAAAACCACUGACACUGAUUUGAAACCCGAAGCUGACCAAAAGGAACAAAUACCAGAAAAAUUAGAAGAAUCGCAAGAACGAAUUUCGACUUUGGAAUCUGGCGCUACAACCACAGCGCCGACGCUUCCAGAGGAUGAGCGUAUACCUCUGGACGAAAUCAAAGAAGAUAUCGACGAGAAACACAUUAUCGAGGAAGUGAAAGAGAAGGAUGUGGUACAGAAAGUUAAAGAAGAGGUCGUUGUUUCGCGAACCGUACCUCCAACGGUAACUACAAAACCAGACGUUCAGGUGUUUGAUGUCCGUCAGGCUGUACAGUGUCUUCAACGCGACAUUGUAAAAACACCGGACGAAGUCGCUGAUUUGCCAGUCCACGAAGAGGUAGAUCCUAAAUUGUACAGAAUGGAAGACUUCGAGAAGGACAAAGAGGAAAAACCAGCAUUGGUACAACCGCCACAACCACAGCAAGAACCAGAGCCUCAGCCACAAGUAUCGGCACCGGUACCAACGCAAGAAGUCAAAGAACCACCUACGCCACCUGUCAAGGAACAAAAAGGAGUGUUCAGUUUCUUCGGCAAAGUUGCUGAUAAGUUUGAAAAGGGCAUCGAUAAACUAACGAAGAAAUCAAAGAAGGAACAAGAGAAGGAUGUCGAUGAAAAGUCUUCGUCGAAGUCCAGUUCUCCGAAAGAGGCAAAGGUACAAGAGAAGACUGUGCUGGAAGAAGUCGAUGUUGAGAAAAUAUUCCUGAAAGUUGGUAAACCUAGUGAGAAAGUCCAGGAAGCAGUUGCUGAAGUGGAACCGAAGGUACAAGAGAGGGCUGCUUCGAUCACGGAAGAAACUAUCGCGAUGGCUAAAGAAAAACUCGAGGGAGUGACUGUAACAGAACGUGACGUAACAGAACUGGAAAUUAAAGAGAAAGAAAUUAAACCUACCGAGGAAGAGGCUGUGAAAGAAGAAAGUAAAUCUCCAGUGUCGGUAGUAUCGAAACCCAUUGAAGAAGAAAAAAUUGAAUUGAAAAAAGAAAUAGCGAAACCAAGCGAAGUUCCGUCGAAAGAUGUCGAGGUCGCAGAAAAGAUGGAGAAGUCACCAGAGAUCGAGAUCAAAGCUAAGAAGGAAGAACAGCUUGCAGAAGAAGUCGAAGAAGAAGCAGAAGAAAUAAAAGCACUGUUGGAAGAAGCUUCGAAGAAAUUUAAAACAGUGAAGGACAGCUUGAGGGAUUCUUUGGAAUCGUUAGAAGAGAAGAUCGUCGAUGAAACGGCUGAUUUGACACGAGAGGUACCAUUAACGAAGGAUGUCGUUAAGGACACUCUGGAAGGUGUGGUGGAAAAGCUGGAAGCGAUUAAGCCACAUAUCGAAGGCACGUCUCCUGAAAGCAAAGAACCUGAAAAGGUGAAAUUCGAAAUACCAAAAGCGGAACAUUUGGAAGAAGAAAUACCUACGAAAGACGUUAAAGAAGCUGUUCUAGACGUUGGAGAGGUUCUUGCUGGAACAGCUGGUAUCGACAUCGAGGACAAAGUUAGAGAUGUUACCGAAAUCGUGCGUAAGGUUGCCGAGGUUCUGAAAGAAGAAGAUGUCUUCUCGGACAAAUUGUUGUUCGAAGAACCGAUCAAAAAGGCAGAAACUGUGUCACCACCUAAACCUGUGGCAGAAGCUGUGUCGCCACCUAAACCUGUGGCAGAAGCUGUGUCGCCACCUAAACCUGUGGCAGAAGCUGUAUCACCACCUAAACCUGUGGCAGAAGCUGUGUCACCACCUAAACCUGUUGCAGAAGCUGUGUCGCCACCUAAACCUGUGGCAGAAGCUGUGUCGCCACCUAAACCUGUUGCAGAAGCUGUGUCACCACCUAAACCUGUGGCAGAAGCUGUGUCGCCGCCUAAAGCUGUCGCGGAAACUAAGGUUCCUAUGAUACCCACGAAAGUUGGAAUUACCGAGGAAAUUUCUUUGUACCAGGAGGAAGCUGAAGAACUCGUUGCAGAGACAAAGGAAGAACCUUGUGUCCAAGUUGUCAAAGAAACAGAGCCAAUUAUAUCUCCGAAAGAAGAGAAAGAUGAGCGUGACGUUAAGGAAAUUUGCGAAGAAAUGAUGAAAGAUGUCAAAGAGAUUGCUCCCGAAGUUAAAGAUUCGUCUUUGAGGGUGGACGUACUGGAAGCCGGGGUGGAAGACGUUUGUGUGAAAGAAACUGUAAAAUCACCGAUCGAAAAAGAGGAGAAAGUUCAAACAGCUAUAGAAGAGCCUGUAAUAGGUUUCGAACAAAAGAUUUCUCCCGCCAAAGCGGAGAUUGUAAUGGUUUCUCCUGGCUCAACACCAACUUCACCGAAAUUUGUUACAGAUAAAAUGCAGGAAAGCAAAGUGGACUUGAGCAAACAAAUUGAGAUCUCGAUUAAAUUACCCGCUGAAAUAAAAGCUAUUGUCGAUAAGGUAGAUCGUAUUGUGGAAGAGAUUAUAGAAGAACUUGUGAUUAAGAAGAAGAAAAUCACUAUUGAGAUUAUAGAGUACAUUACAAUUGUUAAAGGUGUUCCAAAGGAACGUGUUAUCUAUAUUAUCGAAGAGAUUAUUAUAAGAAAGGGUCUUUCAAAGAAAGACGUUGUCGAUAACGUUGAUAUCUUAAAACUGGAAGAAUCUAUCACUCCGAAAUUGAAAAUGGAGCUUGAAGAGUAUAUUAUCAAUGAAUACAUAAAACGAGGAAAAUGCAUAACUAUCGAAAUCGUCGAAGAAAUUUCCAUCAAAAAGACUGUCCCGAAAGUGAUCAUAAUUCGUAUUAUCCAAGAAAUUAUCGUUAAAAAGUUAAUCGAUGUUAAAACUGAUGGUUUGUUUGAUUCCGAACUGGAACCGAUUGAUACUAAAGCAAAGAAAGAAGAAGCUGAGAAGAAAGAAGAAACGAAGGAGGAAGAGAUCGAAGCACCGUCGAAAUUAGACAAAGAGGAAGAAAAAUUAUCACCGAUCGAAAUUAUAUCGGUCGCGAAACCAGAAAUAAAAUCUCCUGUAGAAAAAGAGAUUUCGAAGGAAAAAGAGAUCUCAAAGGAGAAAGAGAUGAAAUCACCCAAAGAAGAACUCGUCGUGGAAGAAGAAUUCGUUUGUUUGUCAGCUGAAGAAGAAGAAGAAGAUUUUGCAACUUUCGUUAAAAAAUCGAAAGAGGUUCGUGGCUAUGAGGACACAAUACUUACAAAACCGGUAUCUCUAAAAGAAAUUAUCGACAAAAGACAGGAAAAAGACAUUGGCGACGACUUUGAGGCUGUCGAACAAGAAUAUAAAGUACGUGAUGUAACUGUUACUUCUUUGGAAGAUACAUCGCGUAUUAUUUCACCAAAAUCAGACGAAUCCCGCGAGCGGGAAUAUGCCGAAGAAGCUGUGGAAGACACCAUAAGUGAAGUUAUUGAAGCUGACGAAAAAUUCGUUCACGAGACAAAGGGAAAAGUAGGGAAGAUAGAAUUACCUGUCGCUGUAAAACCAGCUAAAGAGAAAGAAGAGGAAGUUAAAGUGACCGAAGUACCAGAAUCUCUUGAUACCAUAGAAAAGUAUCUAGACGAAGCUAAAGAGAAGAAGGAGCAGAAGACUAUAUCCCCUGAAGAACAAGUGGAUGUGAUUACAAUAGAAAAAGAAAGAAGGAAACGUUCAAUCGGUGAACUAGUGCUGGAAAAAGACGAAGUUAUUCAGAAAGAAUUAGAAAAGGUAGAAGAAAAAGAAUUUAAGCCAAUAGAAAAGAAAGAAGAAGUUAAACCAACAGAAAAAGAGGAAGAAGUAAAACCAAUUGAAAAGAAAGAAGAAGAAAAACCAAUUGAAAAGAAAGAAGUUAAACCAGUAGAAAAGGAAGAAGAAGUAAAACCAAUAGAAAAGAAAGAAGAAGUUAAACCAGUAGAAAAGGAAGAAGAAGUAAAACCAGUAGAAAAGAAAGAAGAGGUGAAACCAGUAGAAAAGAAGGAAGAAGUGAAACCAGUAGAGAAGGAGGAGGAAAUGAAACCAGUGGAAAAGAAAGAAGAGGUGAAACCAGUAGAAAAGAAGGAAGAAGUUAAACCAGUAGAAAAGGAAGAAGAAGUAAAACCAGUAGAAAAGAAAGAAGAGGUGAAACCAGUAGAAAAGAAGGAAGAAGUGAAACCAGUAGAAAAGAAGGAAGAAUUGAAACCAGUAGAGAAGGAGGAGGAAGUGAAACCAGUGGAAAAGAAAGAAGAGGCGAAACCAGUAGAAAAGAAGGAAGAAGUGAAACCAGUAGAGAAGGAAGAGGAAGUGAAACCAGUGGAAAAGAAAGAAGAGGUGAAACCAGUAGAAAAGAAGGAAGAAGUGAAACCAGUAGAGAAGGAGGAGGAAGUGAAACCAGUGGAAAAGAAAGAAGAGGCGAAACCAGUAGAAAAGAAGGAAGAAUUGAAACCAGUAGAGAAGGAAGAGGAAGUGAAACCAGUGGAAAAGAAAGAAGAGGCGAAACCAGUAGAAAAGAAGGAAGAAGUGAAACCAGUAGAGAAGGAGGAGGAAGUGAAACCAGUGGAAAAGAAAGAAGAGGUGAAACCAGUAGAAAAGAAGGAAGAAGUGAAACCAGUCGAGAAGGAGGAGGAAAUGAAACCAGUGGAAAAGAAAGAAGAGGUGAAACCAGUAGAAAAGAAGGAAGAAGUGAAACCAGUAGAGAAGGAGGAGGAAGUGAAACCAGUGGAAAAGAAAGAAGAGGUGAAACCAAUAGAAAAGAAGGAAGAAGUGAAACCAGUAGAGAAGAAGGAAGAAAUUAAACCAGUAGAGAAGGAAGAAGAAGCGAAGCCAGUGGAAAAGAAAGAAGAAGUAAAGCAAAUGGAAGAGAAAGAAGAAGUGAAACCAGUAGAAAAGAAAGAAGAAGUGAAACCAGUGGAAAAGAAAGAAGAAGUAAAACCAAUUGAACAGAAGGAAGAAGUGAAGCCAGUAGAAAAGAAAGAAGAAGUGAAACCAGUGGAAAAGAAAGAAGAAGUAAAACCAAUUGAACAGAAGGAAGAAGUGAAGCCAGUAGAAAAGAAAGAAGAAGUAAAACCAAUAGAAAAGAAAGAAGAAGAGAGACCGGUGGAAAAGUUGACCGAACCAAAGUCACCUGUUCAAAAGGAAAUCAUCGAUGAAAUCAAGCCUACCGAAAUUUCAUUAACAAAAGACGAGAAGCGAGAAGACAAAUUGGAGACAGUCAUCGACGUUUCCAAGAAAAUCCCGGAAUCGGAAGUUGUUGAUCGCGUAUCGAAGGAAGAACUUGUUGAGAAGAAACCGGAAAUACUUGAAGUGGAGCGUAAGAAGAGUAUUCAGGAAUUAGUUAAAAAAGAUGAAGAAGUAUCUCCCGAAGUAGAAAAGAUCGAAGAUGACAAGAAAAUAUCUCCCAAAGAAGAGAAGAUCGAAGACGACAAGAAAGUGGAGAUGGUAGCUAAAGAAGAUGAGAAAAUAUCUCCCAAAGCAGAAAAGAUCGAAGAUAUCACGAAAAUUGAGAAAGUUGUUCCUGAAGACUUAGCUAAGAAAGAUGAAGAAGUAUCUCCCAAAGUGGAAAAGAUCGAAGACGACAAGAAAAUGGAGAAGGUUUCUCCUGAAGAUUUAGUUAAAAAGGAUGAAAAAGUAUCUCCCAAAGUAGAAAAGAUCGAAGGUGACAAGAAAAUUGAGAAAGUUGUUCUUGAAGACUUAUCGUUGACUCAAAAAGAAGAGCCAUUCAAAGAGAUACCAGUUGCGGUUAAAGAAGAAAAGAAAGCCGAGAAAUUGCCCGAAGAUGAUGCUGCAGCUGUUCGAAGGAUGUUAGUUACAGCAAGCAGCGAAGAUGGCGGACAAGAAAUUGAAAUUUCCCCAACUGGUACUAUCGCACUCCAAAAAACUGUUACACCUGAUGAUUCUCUUAAAGAUGCAUCUGUCAAAUCAACAUCUGAUAAAGAUUCUUUGCUUCUAGAUAAGGACUCUCUGCACUCAGAAAUCAGUUCUCCAGAAAAAGACAGCAUUUCUGAUAAGUCACCAUCGAUCAAAGAUGUCGGAAAGGUAACUCCUGAAGACAGCUUGGAUAAAUCACCGAUUGACACUCGUGACUCACGUGAUCUCGAAGACAGCUUAGAGAAGGCGGUACCUAGUAAACCAAAAGAAGCGGACAGUAGCACUUCUCCAUCUCUGAUAGAAUCAGAAGUUCCAAAGUCUCCCAGUUUGCAACAACAAACAGAAAUUUUAGAGGAUAUGGCUAAAACCGUUCGUGAAAAAGUCGAAAAGAAAGAAUUAGAAACUAGGAAGAUUGAAACAAUCGAAUCAUCUGUUGAUAUAGCUACUAAAGUAGUGGAUACCGUCGCUGAGAAAAAAGAAUUAGAUGGAAAAAUGAUCAAAGAAGCUUUAGAGAAACCGACGCUGAUCCAAGAGAAAGUUGAAGUCGAUGAUGAAAUUCGUAAGAAAAGUCUCGACAUCGUUGCAUCGAAAUCACCGGAGUCGCUUCGAUCGGAAGAUGUUUCUCCGGCGGAAACUAUUUUUGCAAAAUCACCGGAAGAAUCGGCAAAGACUUCUGAUAUGAAAGAUAUAGAACCUCUAAAGUCAACUUUCGAAACGAUAGUUCCAGAAAGAAAGAUUGGAAUGCUGGAAAGUUUGAAAACAGAAGUAAUUAAAGAAGUUGCUCAAGUUGAUAGGAAAAUCGAGAUGCCUGUAAGCGAUGAAAAAGAAGAGAAGAAAGAACGUGUCGGUAUUUCACCUAAGAAAAGUCCUGAAGAGAGUCCUGAAAAGAGUCCUGAAAAGAGUCCUGAAAAGAGUCCUGAAAAGAGUCCUGAAAAGAGUCCAGAACUAAAAGAGAAACCAAUUGAUUUCGAAUCUAUCAAAGCAGAAAAGAUACAACCAAUCACAGACAUUAAGCCAGCAAUUAUUACUGACCAAGACAAGUUAGAAAAGAAAGAAGCAGACAAAAAAUCUCCUUCUCCGGCACCUAGCGAUAAAGGGGAUUUGCAGGAGGUACGCGAGGAUAAAAUGGAAGAAAAGACAAUUGUUUAUUUGACGAAGUUUGAAAAAUCUGAGAUCACUACCACAGAAGCAGAAAAGAAGAUAGAAGAACAAGUAGAUGUUUCUAAACGUCAGGCUGAAGAAUCCAAGAAAGUAAAAACACCUGAGGAACCUAGAACUCCAACUACAAGUCCUGUUCUUGAACAACCUUCGAAAGCGGACAUCGCAGAAAUCCCCAGUGAAAAACUAGUUUUAAGACAAGCUGACGAUAAACAAAAAUCACCAAUAGAAUCAAAGGCACCUUUGGAUAUAUCAAAGCGACCCAGUAUUCCUACUGAACCGCAUGAGUGGAAAGAGAUUGACGUAAAGGAAAUAGACAAAGCUAGGGCGUUAAGUAUAACGAGUGCUAUCGAAGAACGUGAGAUUAUUACAGAUCGUUUGAAAUCACCGAUUAGUCCUGCAGAGAAGCCAGAUUUGAAGGCUAUUGAUAAAAAAUCACCAACGGAAGAAACUAAAUUCCCUACAGAAGCAGAAGAAAAGAUCGACAAACUUAAGUACAAAUUCCCUCGUUAUUCAGAUUUAGAGGAUGCAGAGGCAGAAGAUGAGAAAUCUGCAUCUUCCAGUAUAACAAGUGUCUCAGGAGAAUCUAAGGACGCAUCAGAUGCGUCAAAGUCGUCCAGCAUUGUUGAUGAGGUAUGCGAUAUAAAGGAUAUUGUGGCAAGAGAUAUUGAGAAAUCAAAAUCUCCUAGUGUCACUAGCGUCACAAGUUUCUUGGCUGAACAAAAGGAACCAAUGGAUAAAUCCAAGUCACCUAGUAUUGCUGGAGAGAUUCCUGACUUGAAAGAAGUCGAAACAAAAGAUAUGGAGCAAUCUAGAUCACCUAGUAUAUCGAGUGUCUCAACUGAAGCAAAGGACGUGUCAGAUAAGUCGAAGUCUUCUAGUAUCGCUGGCGAGACACCUGACUUAAAGGACAUUGAAGCUAAAGAAAUUGAAAAAUCUAGAUCUCCCAGUGUAACAAGCGUCCCAGCUGAAGCAAAAGAUGUAUCGGAUAAGUCGAAGUCUCCUAGUAUCGCUGGCGAGACACCUGACUUAAAGGACAUUGAAGCUAAAGAAAUUGAAAAAUCUAGAUCUCCCAGUGUAACAAGUAUCCUUUCUGAAGGAAAGGGCGUAUCGGAGAAGUCGAAAUCUCCUAGUAUCGCUGGCGAGACACCUGACUUAAAGGAUCUUGAAGCUAAAGAAAUUGAAAAAUCUAGAUCUCCUAGUAUAACAAGUGUCCCAUCCGAAGCAAAGGACGUACUGGAUAAGUCGAAAUCUCCCAGUAUCGCUGGCGAGACACCUGACUUAAAGGAUAUUGAAGCUAAAGAAAUUGAAAAAUCUAGAUCUCCUAGUAUAACAAGUGUCCCAUCCGAAGCAAAGGACGUACUGGAUAAGUCGAAAUCUCCCAGUAUCGCUGGCGAGACACCUGACUUAAAGGAUCUUGAAGCUAAAGAAAUUGAAAAAUCUAGAUCUCCUAGUAUAACGAGUGUCCCAUCCGAAGCAAAGGACGUACCGGAUAAGUCGAAAUCUCCUAGUAUCGCUGGUGAGACACCUGACUUAAAGGAGAUUGAAGCUAAAGAAAUAGAGAAGUCUAGGUCUCCCAGUGUAACGAGUGCCCCUUCCGAAGCAAAGGACGUACCGGAUAAGUCGAAAUCUCCUAGUAUCGCUGGUGAGACACCUGACUUAAAGGAGAUUGAAGCUAAAGAAAUAGAGAAGUCUAGGUCUCCCAGUGUAACGAGUGUCCCAUCCGAAGCAAAGGACGUACCGGAUAAGUCGAAAUCUCCUAGUAUCGCUGGUGAGACACCUGACUUAAAGGAGAUUGAAGCUAAAGAAAUAGAGAAGUCUAGGUCUCCCAGUGUAACGAGUGUCCCAUCCGAAGCAAAGGACGUACUGGAUAAGUCGAAAUCUCCUAGUAUCGCUGGUGAGACACCUGACUUAAAGGAGAUUGAAGCUAAAGAAAUAGAGAAGUCUAGGUCUCCCAGUGUAACGAGUGUCCCAUCCGAAGCAAAGGACGUACUGGAUAAGUCGAAAUCUCCUAGUAUCGCUGGUGAGACACCUGACUUAAAGGAGAUUGAAGCUAAAGAAAUAGAGAAGUCUAGGUCUCCCAGUGUAACGAGUGUCCCAUCCGAAACAAAGGACGUACUGGAUAAGUCGAAAUCUCCUAGUAUCGCUGGUGAGACACCUGACUUAAAGGAGAUUGAAGCUAAAGAAAUAGAGAAGUCUAGGUCUCCCAGUGUAACGAGUGUCCCAUCCGAAGCAAAGGACGUACUGGAUAAGUCGAAAUCUCCUAGUAUCGCUGGUGAGACACCUGACUUAAAGGAGAUUGAAGCUAAAGAAAUAGAGAAGUCUAGGUCUCCCAGUGUAACGAGUGUCCCAUCCGAAGCAAAGGACGUACUGGAUAAGUCGAAAUCUCCUAGUAUCGCUGGCGAGACACCUGACUUAAAGGAUCUUGAAGCUAAAGAAAUUGAAAAAUCUAGGUCUCCUAGUGUAAUAAGCGUCCCAGCUGAAGCAAAAGAUGUAUCAGAUAAGUCAAAGUCUCCUAGUAUCACUGGGGAAACACCUGAUCUUAAAGACGUUGAAGCGAAAGGUGCUGAAAAAUCUAGAUCUCCGAGUAUACCAAGUGCUCCGGUAGAAAUUAAAGAUAUAUCAGAUAAAUCAAAGACACCAAGUAUCGUCAGUGAUACGUUAGAUCUAAAAGAACUCGAAACAAAAGAUAUUGAGAAAUCCAGAUCUCCUAGUGUGACAAGUAUUUCAACGGAACUGAAAGAUACGUCAAAGACUCCUAGCAUUACUGGUGAAACACCAGAUUUAAAGGAUAUCGAGAAGUCUAGAUCUUCCAGCAUAACAAGUAUUUCAGCGGAGCCUAAAGAAGUAUCAGAUAAGUCAAAGACUCCCAGCGUUGUUGGUGAAGCACCUGACUUAAAGGAUGUUGACAAAUCUAGGUCUCCUAGGCCUAGUGUAACUAGUGUCCUUACUGAGCCAAAAGAACCAGCUGAUAAAUCCAAGACUCCAAGCAUUGCAGGAGAUAUUGCCGAUCUAAAGGAAGUGGAUGAAAAAGAUUUUGACAAAUCCAGAUCUGCCAGCGUAGCAAGUAUUGCAAUUGAACCGAAGGAACUUUCAGAUAAGUCAAAGUCACCUAGUAUUGCUGGCGAAGCUAUUGAUUUGAAGGAAAUUGACGAAAAAGAUAUUGAGAAAUCUAGGUCUCCUAGUGUGAUAAGUGUCCCUACUGAGCGGAAAGAAACACCAGAUAAAUCCAAGUCACCCAGCAUUGCUGGUGAGAUUCCAGAAUUAAAAGACGUUUGCGUAAAAGAUGCUGAGAAGUCUAGAUCUCCUAGUGUAACAAGCAUUUCAGCCGAGCUGAGAGAACCAACUGAUAAAUCAAAGUCACCUAGCAUUGCUGGUGAGAAACCUGAUCUAGAGGAAAUUGAUGCAAAAAGUACUGAAAAAUCCAGGUCUCCUAGUGUUGCAAGUGUUGUAACUGAAACAAAGGAAACAUCCGAUAAAUCAAAAUCGCCUAGCAUUGCUGGGGAGGUUCCCGAUUUGAAAGAUAUUGAAGCAAAAGAUAUUGAGAAAUCUCGAUCUCCUAGCAUUACAAGUGUUCCAACUGAAGCGAAAGACGCAUCAGAUAAAUCAAAAUCUCCUAGUAUCGGUGGUGAAAUACCUGAUGUAAAGGACGCCGAUAUAAAAGAUACACAGAAAUCUAGAUCUCCGAGUAUAUCAGUUCCAUCAACGGAAUCGAAAGAAGCCACGGAUAAAUCAAAGUCACCCAGCAUUGCUGGAGAAGUACCUGACGUAAAGGAUAUUGAAAAAUCUAGAUCUCCCAGUAUAACCAGUAUUCCGGCUGAAGCAAAGGACAUUUUGGAUAAGUCAAAGUCGCCUAGUGUUGCUGGUGAAGUUCCCGACUUAAAAGAUGUCGUAAAAUCUAGAUCUCCCAGUAUACCAAGUGUUUCCGUUGAAUCAAAAGAAGUAUCAGAUAAGUCAAAAUCUCCCAGUGUUGCUGGUGAAGUUCCUGAUUUGAAAGAUGUUGAGAAAUCCAGAUCUCCCAGUAUACCAAGCGUUCCUGUGGAAUCCAAGGACGUAUCAGAUAAGUCAAAAUCUCCCAGUGUCAUUGGUGAAGUUCCUGAUUUGAAGGAUGUUGAGAAAUCUAGAUCUCCCAGUAUAACAAGCAUUCCUGUGGAAACAAAGGAUGUAUCAGAUAAGUCAAAAUCUCCCAGUGUUGCUGGCGAAGUUCCUGAUUUGAAAGAUGUUGAGAAAUCCAGAUCUCCCAGUAUACCAAGCAUUCCUGUGGAAUCAAAGGACGUAUCAGAUAAGUCAAAAUCUCCCAGUGUCGCUGGUGAAGUUCCUGAUUUGAAGGAUGUUGAGAAAUCCAGAUCUCCCAGUAUACCAAGUAUUCCUGUGGAAUCAAAGGACGUAUCAGAUAAGUCAAAAUCUCCCAGUGUCGCUGGUGAAGUUCCCGAUUUGAAGGAUGUUGAGAAAUCCAGAUCUCCCAGUAUACCAAGUAUUCCUGUGGAAUCAAAGGACGUAUCAGAUAAGUCAAAAUCUCCCAGUGUCGCUGGUGAAGUUCCCGAUUUGAAGGAUGUUGAGAAAUCCAGAUCUCCCAGUAUACCAAGUAUUCCUGUGGAAUCCAAGGACGUAUCAGAUAAAUCAAAAUCUCCCAGUGUUGCUGGCGAAGUUCCUGAUCUGAAAGAUAUGGAGAAAUCUAGAUCUCCUAGCAUAACAAGUGUUUCAGUGGAACUAAAAGAAACAGUAGAUAAAUCGAAAUCGCCCAGUAUUGCUGGCGAAACUAUUGAUUUGAAGGAUGUUGAGGCUAAAGAAAUUGAGAAAUCUAGGUCUCCCAGUGUGAUUAGUGUCACAGAUGAAUCGAAGGAUAAAUCCAGGUCUCCCAGCAUUGUUGCCGAGGCACUCGAUUUGAAGGAUGUUCCCACGAAAGAUGCUGAUAAAUCUAGGUCACCUAGUGUUCCGUUGGAAUAUAAAGAUAUAUCAGAAAAAUCGAAGACUCCCAGCGUUGCUGACGAAACAAGUGAUUUAAAGGAUGUUGACGCUAAAGUUACUGAUAAAUCCAGGUCACCUAGCGUAACAAGUGCCCCUGCGGAAGCAAAAGAUUUAACGGAUAAAUCAAAAUCCCCUAGCGUUGCCAGUGAUAUAUUAGAUUUGAAAGACGUUGCAGAUUCCGUGGACAAAUCUAAAUCCCCAAGUGUAACAGAUAUUUCAGUAGUAUUGAAGGAUGUACCAGAUAAGUCAAAGUCGCCUAGCAUUGCUGGUGAAUCACCUGACCUAAAGGAGGUUGAAACGAAAUCUAUUGACAAACCUGUAUCUCCAACUAUACCAAGUGCUCCAAAGGAAGCUAAAGAUGUUUCGGAUAAAUCAAAGUCACCCAGCAUUGCUGGCGAGGCACCUGAUGCGAAAGAAGUUGAAUUGGAAGAUAUCGUGAAAUCUAGAUCUCCGAGUAUACCAAGCGUUUCAGUGGAAUCUAAGGAUGUAGCGGGUAAAUCGGAUGUAUCCAAGUCGCCUAGCAUCGUUGGCGACACGCUUGAUUUCAAGGAUAUUGACGUGAAAGAUAAAUCCAGAUCUCCUAGCGUAACAAGUGUUUUAGGUGAACCAAAGGAAGCAGCGGACAAAUCCAAGUCUCCAAGCGUCGCUGGAGAAGUCCCCGAUAUAAAGGAUGUUGAAGCAAAAGAUACUGAGAAAUCCAGAUCUCCAAGUAUACCAAGCGCAACGGUGGACUCGAGAGAUGUAUCAGACAAGUCGAAGUCCCCAAGCAUCGCUGGCGACGUUUCCGAUGUAAAGGAAGUCGAAGCUAAAGACAUUGGAAAGUCCAGAUCACCCAGUAUAACAAGUGUCCUAUCAGAAUCUAAAGAUAAAUCAAAGACUCCUAGCAUUGCUAGCGAGACGCCUGAUUUGAAGGAAGUUGGUAUGAAAGAAACUGAGAAAUCCAGAUCUCCCAGUGUAACAAGUGUUCCAGGAGAAGCUAAAGAUUUGUCCGACAAAUCAAAGUCUCCGAGCAUCGCCGAUUUAGACGAAGGCGAUAAAAGAAAAGAAAUCGAUAGUAAAAAGUUAGAUGACGAAGAGAAACAGAUUGAUAUUCGGAGAUCAGUCGAAAAGGAUGGGGCAUUAAAGACGCCAGUUAAACUGGAAGAUUUUACGAAAAUAAGCGUUUCUGCGACAGAGGUAACUAAAGAUAAGUCGCUAUUCGUCGAUGAUAGCUAUAAAGUAUUACCUGAAAGUGUUGAAAUGGACCAAACGCAGGUCGAUCGAGAAAGUAUAAUGAAAAUAACGCCUGAGAAAGAAGCAAAUAUUAAAAAGUAUAUUUUAGAAGAAUAUAUAAAUAAGGGAAGGAAGAUCACAAUGAUCGUGAUAGAAGAAAUAAUUAGAACUUAUUCAGUCUCAGAGCUGAUAGUAAUGACUAUCAUAGAGACAAUUAUUACGACGAGGAAACUCAACAGAGAUUCAGUUUUAGAUAUACCCGAGCAAAAGAUGGAGAAGUCGGAUCAUUCGAUAAGUUCUAGCGUAAGUUCCGAACUGAUUGCUUCUGAUAAAUCUACUCAAGAUAGCCCUGUACGUUCUGAGCCACAUAUCGACGAAGAAGUUUCGAUCUCAGAAGAGAAGAGAAUCGAAAUUGAGAAACUUCUCGAAGAGGACUACAUUAAGCAAGGAAAGAAAAUCACCGAAGAAAUACUAGAAGAAAUUAUCGUCCGAUCAUCUUUACCUCGAUACAUUAUUCUAGAAAUAAUGGAGGAAUUAAUUCUGAAGAGAAAACUUACUCGAGAAUCCGUGAUCGACGUGGAGGUGUAUUAUCACGACGACGAGCCAGAUGACAGCUACGGCAAAGACGGCUACCGCUACGAAAAGUCUCUGGAGCUUAGAUACGAACCCGACCACGGAGAAGGGAAAAUGUCUUACGAAUACAAAACGGUGGGAUAUUCGGGACAACGCGAAGGCCAUAUGGAAACGUCGAUGACGGAUUAUUCGACAAGUUACGACAGCCAAUUCCACAAAGCGUUCGUCGGCGGAGUAACCGAGAUACGUACAACUCACAUAACGACGUUAUCAGGAAAAUCAACGCCAGACAUAACUCGUGACGGAACUCCAGAUUCGAUAUCCGAGCCUACAGCUUCCACCGUAGAGAAAGUAGAAGAUAAAUCUGCCGGUAAACCAACCGACCAUAUUUCGCCUGAUAAAGAUGUAGCUUCUACGAGUAUCGGUACUUCCACCACUAUCACCACUACAGUAACCCAGAAAUCAUCCGUUACGCACACCGUAGAAGCGAAACCUCAAAUAGUUACCGUACUGAAAGAAAGUAAAAUUGGUGAACUAGACGCGCAAGUGACUGGUAAAACGGAAGUAAUUAGAAAAGUAAUCGAAUCAGACGUAGACGCGAGUAAAUCUGUACCCUCGGCCAGGCUUGAGUUCGAGGAGUUGGAGAAACGAAUUAUCAGAGGUAAAGAAGAGAUGGAAGGAGAGCCAACCGAAGAAGAAAAGGAAGUUUCGCCAGAUGGUAAGGUGAUCGUGGUUAAAAGAAUCGUGACGCGAGAAGUGUCGGAUCAAGAAGAACCCGAAACGAUUCGUAAGGUAAUAAAGCGGGAGAUCAUCGAGCAGGAUGAUCCAGUGGUGAUUACGAAAGUCAUUAAGCGCGAGAUUAUCGUUCCCGAGGGUGAGAUGGGCGACACAGACGAUCUCGAAACGAUAAAAGAAAUCGUGAGCAAAGAAACUAUCCCAUCGACCGUCGAAACUGUGAGAACAGAAACGAAGAAAAUCGUGAUUACAGGAGGCGAGAAGCUGAGCGAAGAGAGUCUGACAUCGGACAUUCUGUCGGGUAUGCACGUCGACGUUAAAAAAGGAACAACGACUAUCAUAGAAACGGGUGGUAAAAUAUCGGAGAAGGAGAUCAGAGAGGCUAUCGAAAAAAUGACAACCGAAGCUAGUAAGCAGAGCGAAUUUUUAAGCGACGAAGGUACCAUAAUCAAAGAAACUACUAUUAGAACUACGAAGACCGAAGAGUCCACGGAAAGGAAGAAAGAAGAGAAGAAAGUCGAAGAGGCAGAAGGAAAAUCUGAAGUGAAAUUUGAAAAGGAAGAAACCAAGCAUACGCAGAUAGAUAAACGUUCGAUGCCUCCUCAAGUACGCGAUAUCGCUUCCGACGUUUCUUCUCUGUCAGGAAGGACUACACCGGACCGAAGAUCCGAAGGUAGAUCUUUAACUGGAACUCCGGAAGGAUUCAGAUCGGGAGAGGUGAUUAGAACCAUCAUCACCACGACUAAGACAGUGUCCGACGACGGUGAGAUAGUGACGACGACCCGAGAAGUCACGGAAACCACGAACGAAAAAGGAGAGACGGUGAUAUUGACGGAGAAAGUGGACGUGAAGGUAGACGAAUAUUUACCUAGCAAGGAUAUGACGGAAUCUUUGGGUCCCGACAGUUCUCUUCUGCGUUCCUUGCAAGAGAAAGACAAAGAGAAAACAUCUAGCGACUUUAUGAGCAGCGCGAUGAGCAGCAGCAUCUAUGGCGAGCUACCAUCUGAAAAAGAUAUAACGAGUGGCAGCAUGCAGAAGAUCGGCGAAUCUUCCACUCUGAGGGAUCAAGGUGAUUACACGUUCAAACGUUUCAUGGUGGAGAAAGAAUAUGCCGGUGAUUACAAGGAGAAAUCCGAUCCGAAGAAAUAUAUCGACGAGGCUGGACUUGACUUUGAGAAAGCUCUGUCGAUGGAACAAAAGGAAACUAAAGAAACUGAACCACAGGGUAGAAUUAUCUCAGCGAGAUACACCAACGGCAGCGUUCGUCGAGAAGCGUCAGAUUCUGAUGGUAAAUCGGACGAUCGUAAAGAGGAGGAUCCAAAGUCUGACACGAAGAAAGAUCCGUUGGAUGGUUGGGGAACUCCAUUGGGACUUCCUUCUCCCAUUCCACCGCACAAGUUUAACCUCAGAAAUACGAAUUCCGAUAACAAUAUGAGACUAAAUUUCGACGCUAUUAACGACUGGGGUGAGCCAUUGAGAUUACCUUCGCCAGCUCCCGUGACCAACGAAAUUUCUAACAAGGGUACACCCGGAACACCGAAGAAAGAGAAGAAACAAGCGAGAAAGGUUCUAUCAGAGAAUCUGAAGAACAAGAAACGCUCCGAGAGUCCGGGCAAGAACGAGAAGAAGUUGAAGGAUUCGAAGAAUAAAGUACAACCCGUCUACGUGGAUCUUACUUAUGUACCUCAUCAUGGAAACUCCUAUUACACAUCGUUGGAAUUCUUCAAGAGAGUUCGCGCGAGAUAUUACGUGUUCAGCGGUACCGAGCCAAGUCGCGAGGUCUAUGAUGCUUUGUUGGAAGCUAAGAGGACUUGGGAAGACAAAGAUCUCGAGGUAACUAUGAUCCCAACUUACGACACCGACACCCUGGGCUAUUGGGUAGCCGACAACGAAGAAGCUCUGGCCGCGAACCACAUUGACCUUUCACCUUCCGCAUCUCGAUGUACGAUUAACCUGCAGGACCACGAGACUAGUUGCAGUGCCUAUAGACUUGAAUUCUAGGGAUUGGCAGCCUGCUCAGCCGUAAUAGUUGAGUUCUGAGCGGUGUUCAGAGAGUGUACUUGAUCGCUUCAUUUCUGGACUUGCCGUUUCGCGAAUUCCUUACCGUGCCUACUAGCGGUUCAUAAAACUUUAGAAAAAUCUUAAGGAGAGGCUACAUCGAACGACUUGGACGUGGUCGUUCUACGAUCCGAAUUUCGUGCCUAAUCCCGUAUAAAUCAUAAAUACGCAGUUGUUCCUUGUUUUUAAAUGCACAGGUUUAUUGGAUCAACAACUAUAUUACCACGACCACCGAUAACAACAUAUAGCAGCAACAAUAACGACAACAAAAACAAUCACGACAACAAUAAGAAAAACAACAACACAACAACAACGAUAACGACAACAGCGAUGAGGACGAUAACAUUAACGAUGCUCCCUUCUUGCUCUCUCUAUAUAUUUUCUUUGCUUCCUUCACCUAUGAUACUUAGAUCGAGAAUACGAUAAAAAGAACGCAAUAUUCUCCUGAACACUCGACCGUGUACGAUCUUUGCUGGCGCGUGCAAAAUUUCGAUACAAAGCUGCGAAACGAUCACGUUAGAAGCUGUUGCGACAAACGAACCUGGCCUGUUCUCAGUUUUCUGGACGCUUACACUCGCAAAGUUUAAAGAACGCGUCCUUUGCCUCAUUAUCUUUUUAUAUACAUACCUAUUACUCGACACUGUUAUCGCUUAGAAAGCAUCACUGAAAGAGCCGUAGAAAGAUGAAGACACAUAGGAACAACGCAACACAGCCUAGCAAUAACACGGACAAGACGUACAAAGGUAAAUAGGAUGAAACAACGCGUACACAUAACGGGCAGAUAUUAAAGCAUCGACCACGUCGAUGAAGAAGAAAAAAGGAUUCUUUGUACAUUUUUUAUGGUCUUAAGUUCUCGACAAAAAUUAAUUCGAAUUGGAAUAUCCAAGGACGUUUCUUCGUCGAACUAACGAUCGAUCUCCUCGUCGUGAAUGUCUACUCGUGUACAGAGAUAAACGACUAUAUACGUCAGUCGGAAAGUACCACAGUGAAACGAUCCGAGUCGUGAAACAAAGUAUUUCCAAAGAUCCCUAAAGAAUAGAAGAUAUUGGCGCGGUCGCGAUCGAAUCGAACCAAACAACAGGAAAUGCGAUAUAGAAAAACGAUUGUCCAUAUCGUCGAUGUUCCAUUCCAAAUACCACUUAGGUCCGUUAUCUUCUAGCGGAGGUAGGUGAAUAAAAAUAAAGCAAAAUCUAAAAAGGAUUCCCUUCUCGAUAACGAAGAAAGUAGAAUAUCAGAAGCAAAACUGAGACGGCGAUAAAGUAAAAAAUCGUACAACAUCCAUCCAAUGGACAAAGUCCACGUUCGAUAAUCGUAUCGGAGUGAACAGCUCUGUUUUUCCACGUUUCGCCCGAGUUUUCGGCCACCUUAAGAACAGAGUUGCUCGUUCCUGUAAUAUAAAUCCGUUUAUAGAUAUUUUUUAGAGAUGAGAGUAUUUCAUUUGCCACGUAACAAAAUACCACUUUCUAGAGCGCGCACCGUUUAUGAAAUUAGACCAAACGAUAAUCGCGGUGUCGUAUCGACGUUGAAAACUGUACAAGGGGUUUACGAAUUCCAUUGAUUCGUUUCCAUUCUCUCCUCGUUGUAUCUCGCGAAAGAAACGCAAUGAUUCCGACGAUGUUUGCUUUCCAAGGGAAUUUCGAUGUCCCUAUUCCUUUUACGUGUGUCGAACCGAAGACCGUAAAAGAAAGCGUUCCAGAAAGUUGACAAACCGUUUAGUUCAUUUUGUACUUAUUUCAAGCAGAUCGACGAAACACGACAAACUGCACUCGUGCGGGAUGACGAUGGUGUGACAAUUGCCCGACACAUGGUAACGAUGACUAUACGUGGAACGAUUACAACGGUGAUCGUAAUGACAAUGACGAAAACACGCAUUGGUCACGAUAACGAUUCGACCAUGACGACGAUAGUGGUGACAACGAUGUGGACAACGCGAACGUAAACGAGAACGGUGACGAUUAUCGGUUAUCGACGAUAAUGAUGGUGAUGAUGGUGACGAUGGUGACGACAAUAACGAUUAGAACGGUGACAAUAACGACGAGACGAUGACAGAUAUAGUAAUGAUGAUGGCAAUGAUGAUGAUAAUCCUUGUAAGAGCGACUACAAAUCCGAAAGUAUAAGGACGAUGAUAUCUUUCACGCGGAUGAAAUAAAAUUCUGCUUAACGUAAGUAACGUAAAGCGAACGUGUUUUCAAGAAUUUGAAAUACGCGUGUGAUCGAGGUAAUUUUCAUAGAACGAACGUAGCCUUGUAGAUUAUGAGAACGCAUGCUCGUUAUGUUCUUAAUCGUUUCGUGAUAAACGAUAUAUAAGGAAAAAUUUAUUUUCUCAACGCAUAUAUAUACGUGAAAAUAACAGAUAAGUAUCGUUCGUUGAAAGAACGAAAGCGAUCUCAUCGACCUAUUAACAAAAUUACCGUCACAUUCGAUUUCGUGCAAGUUGACAGAUUCAAGUUUCAAAUAAUCGUAUUCACUGGCAUUGACCACGCAGAAUUUGAGAAGAAAAUUUCGAUGGAAAUGUCUCGAAUAACGAAAGACCGAAGGUAUAAAAACUGAGCAUAGCGAAAGGCCUAUAAUAUCGAUCGGUUUUCACACACGUUGUACGAAAACGAUCGUCUUACGAAUGUUACCAUGUUCGUGAAAG